AUGGCAGUUGCUUGGUUACUAUCGAGACGUACUGUCCACUUGAAGAGGGUCUCACGACUUCGCCUUUUCUCCAAAUCCAUAUCUACCCACCCAGACAAGAGUCAGAUUCACCAGCCCAGUUACUUUUCCCCCCUUGAUGCAGAACCACUUCAUCACUACCGCCAAGGCGGCUACCACCCCGUUAAUUUGGGGAAUGAUACGUAUAUUACUGUUAAAAUUUGUGUUGCAGAAAGCCAUGGUGGGGAGACACGAGCUUCCAAAUCUGAACAAAUUGGCAUCUCGUCACCCUUAUCUCGAACAUUCGGUGCGCCUUUUUGA